CUCUCCUCAUCCAGUGCUGCGCGCGCCCGCCCGCCCGCCGUUGGGUCGCGUACUCGGAGCAAUGGCGUCGGAGAGACCGAUCCCGCAGUUGAUGGAAAGCUCCACCGGCAACGGGGCUGUACAAAAGAUCAUCGAGGGAAAUAGUGAGCUCUUCACAGAUACUCACUGCAAAGUGUGUAAUGCUGUGCUGAUUUCAGAGUCCCAGAGACUAGCACAUUAUCAGAGCAAGAAACAUGCCAAUAAAGUACGUCGGUAUGAAGAGCUUCAUCAAGAUGGCGAACCAGUUGCCAAAAUAAUAAAAAAAGAUCCUACUGACAAUAGCAAUGGAGAAGUUGAUCGGAAUAAAUAUUGUCCACUCUGUAAUGUGACCUUUACGGCGCCAGUUGUUGCUCAGUCUCAUUACCAGGGAAAGAACCAUGCAAAAACUCUGAAACUCAAGCAAAAGCAAGAUGAACCUGUCCAAGCAUCCUCUGUUGAAGCUGCUCCCAAGGUAAAGAAUGAAAAUGCUCCAGCUCCUACUGUGCAGUCCAGUGAUGUAUCUUGGAGCAGUGAUCCUGACAGGUAUUGUAGCCUGUGUCAAGCCUUUUUUAACCAUGCUGAUAUUGCCAAACAGCACUAUGUGGGAAAAAGGCACAAGAAGCGUGAAACAAAAGCAAAGUUAUUGGAGCAACUGGGGCAGGCUGAUAGCAAUCCUGCUUCUGCUAAAGGCUAUCCCUGUAAUACCUGUAACAUUGUACUGAACUCAAUAGAGCAGUAUCAGGCACACAUCCAGGGAACCAAACACCAGAACCAUUUGAAACCUAAUGAAUUUAUUGCUGCAGAAGAUAAUGAAGAGGGCUUUGAGAUUUUUAAAGAAGAUGUCGUCUAACAGUGUUGGCAGGUGGUUUCCGGGUCAAUGAAUUUUACUCAGAAUAGAGGCCAGUUUGACUAUGUUCAUGUUUCGAUCUGCAUAAUUUUAAGUAAGACACUUGUAUUGAAACAACAGUCCAUAACUCUGAGCUCUAGGGCCCAAAAUAUUUAGUUUUUAUGUUCAUGCAAGUGACUAAAGGUUUGAGACUAAAAUAACUAAGUUUAGUUAUGUGGUGCUGUGGUCAUGCCUUUCUGGCUCAGUGUGUAGAUAUCUGAGAAACUUGUAGCCCCACCUCUUGAAAAACGGUGUUUCUUAAACAUCACCUAUUAAGCAGGUGAGUCUGAAGAAUGAUGUGAAGCUGUGAUAUGGAAGAACAAUUGCAACAUACAGUGUCCUCCAUAAUGUUUGGGACAAAGACCCAUCGUUUAUUUAUUUGCCUCUGUACUCCACAAUUUGAGAUUUGUAAUAGAAAAAAAUCACGUGGUUAAAAUGCACAUUGCCAGAUUUU